AUGGAUAUUCGAGACUUCCUGGCUAUGGAGGCCAACUCCGACCGCGACUACCUGGUCGACCUUCGCGCCCUUGAUUUCGUCUCCAGCUACGAUUCACACUUAAUGUGUCCGAUUUGCCACUGCCCUUUUGUGCAACCCGUGCGACUACAAUGCGAUCAUAUCUUUUGCCAAAAGUGCCUGGGAUCGGCCAUCACCACCUUCCGCUCGGCCGACUCGGAUGAGUUCCCAUGUCCCUCUUGCCGGACCCCCACCACCCGAAUAUCGACCAGCGUGCCCCGCCUAUUGGUCAACAUGUGCGACGAGAUUCAGGUACGGUGUCCGUUGGUGGGAGAAGGUUGCGACGAGAUUAUCCCGCGAGGUCAUGUUCAGUCGCAUGUCGAGAAAUACUGCGGCUAUCGGCUUAUGCCGUGUCCGGAUGAAUCGUGCGGGAAAAAGACUCGGAAAAAGGAUCUCCAGCCGGAAGAACGCUGUAUGCAUAGCUAUUGCCGGUGCGAACGCUGCAAAGAGGAUGUGAUGGAGCAGGACUUUGCGGAGCAUGACAGGGAGCUCUGCCCCAGUCUAGAAGCGACUUGCGAUGAUUGUGGAAAUACCAUUCCACGGCGAUCGUUCAAGAAACACGUCGAGACGUGCCCGGAUGUUGUCAGUCCCUGCGCGGCAUCACAAUAUGGGUGUUCGGUCAAAGUCCGACGGGCAGAUAUCGCGACGCAUGAACAGCAGUGUCCGCUAGUCUCAAUAGGACCAUAUCUUGAGGCGCAAAACACGCGGCUCAACACCCUCGAAUUAACUAUGCGACAUCUCCAACAACGCAAUGAGAUAUUCGAGGACGGAAUGGCCAAUUUACGAUCCGCCCUCCUCGAGUCCGCACGAGCAAGCGGCGGCGAUCGCAGUCGCGGAAGAUCCGCCACUAAUGGAGACAGAGACCGACAGUCUCACAUCGAUACAGACGAAUCCGCAGACCCUGCCAAUUCAUUCUCGUCCCACACCACCCAAUAUCUUCUCUCGCUGCAUGAGUCUCUCCGCGAAGAAGUCAGCCAAAUGUCACACGCACUCACGGAUCUCGACGCCCGCGCAAGCAUGACCAUCAUGAACGAGUGUCUCCGCAUCAAAGAAGACAUGGCCCAUACCAACGCCGCCCUCAACAGCGUGCGCAUGCAGGUACAAUGGCUCAUGAAUCCCCGGCUCCACAACGGGACUCGAGCAAAUGGCAUGCGCACCAACUCGGCCAGUAAUGAAACCACCCGGACACAAUUGACAUCCACUUCCGCGGCGGGCCCGAGCGGUGCAUCAUUGGGGCCUCUUCGGCCUAGACGGCCUAGUGAUAGUGGGCGUGAGGGAACGAAGCUGUGA